AUGGCUUAGCGCUCUUAUUAAUAAUACAUACAAGUGUGGCUCAAGUAUCGUUCUACUUAGUAAUAUUUUAUUCACAUUCCUCCAAAAUAAUAACAAUUUACCUUGAAACAACAUGCAGGAAUGAUAAAUUUUAGAAGUAAGACCAAACACCAACUACUUCAAUUUAAUUGUAAUCAACAUCUCAUUAUCCGUAGUCUCAACAAAUGCAUCCAACUUCAAAUUUAGAGAAGAAACUCUUUGUAAACUAAGUAUGCAAUCGAAAAAUCUUAAUAAGUUUUGAAGAAAGGGGAUGAGAUAUGUUAAUUGGGAAUAUUGCAUAACUUCAAGUACAAGCAACGGUAGUUACAUUAGUCUCAUAAUGCAUAAGCUGAAACUGAGGUGAUGCUUGACAAUACCAUUGAUCUCAUUAAGUAUGAUUAUAUUGCCUCUAUUGAAGUAACAAGUUGA